CUCCUCCUCUCAUGGCCGGCUCUGUGGGGCCGCACGGAGCAGUGGAUUGGGUCGGAGAGAGGAGCUGGGGAAAUAGAGAUACGGAACGGCACAAGGAACCGUAGCAAUCGACAUGAGGUGAUUGUCACAGAAUCUAAAUGACGCCAUAUACACGAAGAAAUGAGGGAGUGAUUAAUGCCAGCGUGCGUGGACUAAUCCACUGGAAGAGUCCAAAACCAGCAGGGUGUGUUUUUUUGCCAUAAUGAAGAAAAUAAGUCUAAAAACAUUUCGCAAGUCUUUUAACCUGAGCAAAAGCAAAGAGGAGAGUGAUUUUGUAAUGGUACAGCAGCCUUCAAUGACAAAUAGUUUUAUGAAAGAUGAUUCCUUGUUUAGCAGCUGCUACAGCAAAGACUUGACAGGAUGUGAACUAAAUGGCGAGGAUGAAAAAGGGAGCAAAAACAGGCCAAAAAGCGAAGGCUUAAUGGGUACCUUAAAAAGACGCCUUUCUGCAAAGCAAAAGCAAAAAGGAAAGGGCAACACGUCUGUAAACUCUGCUGAAGAGGACACAUUUUCUUCUUCUUCUGCACCCAUAACUUUUAAAGAUGUGAGAUCUCAAAGGCCUUUAAGAUCGACAUCUCUUCGUACUCAUCACUACAGCCCAACGCCAUGGCCCCUGCGACCAACAAAUUCUGAAGAAACUUGCAUAAAAAUGGAAGUAAAGGUUAAAGCGUUGGUCCACUCCACCAGCCCCAGCCCUGCCCUGAAUGGAGUUCGAAAGGACUUUCACGAGCUGCAAUCUGAUAAUGUAUUUCAGGAACAAAGCAAUGCAUUGAAAAGUACAGAGUCCCACAAUGGAGACUUACAUCUACAUAUUAAUGAACAUGUGCCUGUAGUAAUAGGACUUAUGCCUCAGGACUAUAUUCAGUAUACUGUGCCUUUAGAUGAGGGAAUGUAUCCUUUGGAAGGAUCUCGUGCUUUCUGUUUGGACAGCCCUUCACCUAUGGAAAUCUCUACUGUACCUUCCCAAACUGGAAGUAGCAGCUUUCCUGAUGAGGAAAGUCAAGUGGCCCAGGAUGUAGUAGUGGCACCAGACAUCUUCGUGGAGCAGGCUGUUAAUGGCCUAUCACAUAGCACCAGUGGAGUUUUAUUUCAAAGCUCCAGGGUUAGUCACAGUGAUGUCCCUCCACUUUCACCAUUACUACCUCCAGUCCAGAAUAAUCAAAUCCAAAGGAACUUUGCAGGACUUAAUAGCACAGAUGCACACAUGGCUGAAAACAUGCGUUGUCACUUAAAUUUUGAUCCCAGUACUGCCCCAGGUGUGAGCAGAGUAUAUGAUUCAGUACAAAGCAGUGGGCACAUGGUAGUUACGAGCCUCACAGAAGAGCUUAAAAAACUUGCCAAACAAGGUUGGUACUGGGGACCUAUAACACGCUGGGAGGCAGAAGAAAAAUUGGCUAAUGUACCAGACGGCUCUUUUCUGGUUCGAGAUAGUUCUGAUGAUCGCUAUCUUUUAAGCCUGAGUUUUCGCUCUCACAGCAAAACCCUUCACACAAGAAUUGAACACUCGAAUGGUAGGUUUAGCUUUUAUGAACAGCCAGAUGUGGAAGGGCAUACCUCUAUAGUAGAUCUAAUCGAACAUUCCAUCAGAGACUCAGAGAACGGAGCCUUUUGCUAUUCUAGGUCUCGCGUGCCAGGUUCUGCAACUUAUCCAGUCAGACUGACAAACCCAGUGUCCCGAUUCAUGCAGGUCCGUUCCUUGCAGUACCUGUGCCGUUUUGUAAUACGUCAGUAUACAAGAAUAGACUUAAUUCAGAAACUGCCUUUGCCAAACAAAAUGAAGGAUUAUUUACAGGAAAAGCACUACUGAACUUGUCAGAAUUUUGCAACUUGCACUUUUGGGAACAAAAAGAGAUUUCAAUACAGUUUACAAACUUUCAUCGUGAUCAGAAUAUUUUUGCUGCCAUACCAAUAUAUUAGUUUCGGAUAAAUGAGUGUAAUGCAUUAUUCUCUUCAUUCUUGUUUUAAAAGUAAAAUCUCAAAUUUCUUUUGAUGUGUGAAAUCACCAUCGUUUAUCAACAUUGAGAAAAAAUAAUAAUCACAAUGUGAAAUACUAGAUUUUCCUAUUUUUUCAUGUUCUUAGCUGCUAUCCACUGUGACUAUUAUGCAUUAAAAAGCACACAUUUCAUGUGUUCUUAACCACGCGCUGACAUUAAAUUAAACCUGUAGAUUGGAGCUUUGUUAACUGUUUUCUUAUGCUUUCUUUUUACAAUAUAAACAUUCAAGCUAUUUUUAUACCUAAAAAUAAGCAAAUUGUUUUGGGCUUAAUGAUCCAUGUGGAUUUUUUUUUAGGAUACAUACACGGUAAUUGAGGCAGACAUUCGAAUGGAAAGCUGUUGAUUGUUAAGACUUAUCCAUAAAAAAAACAAAAAAUCAUAUACAAUAUUUUUUAUUAUAUUUGUAAGCACAUUUCACAACAAUUGCGCAGCAGUGUGUUAAUUUACACAGCUAUUCCUGAGAGCGUUACAGUUAUCAUCCCAAGGUGUAUCAGUUAUAAAGAGAGAAAAAAACAAUGCAGCAAUGUCGCUCGGAAGUUAAUGAUUGUUUUGUAAAAGAAGACAAAAAAAAUGUAACCUUGAGAUUAAAAUCUUUGUAUUUUUCCAGAA